AUGACAGAUACUUGUAAAGUCUUAAAACCGUUUAGUUUCCAAGGAAAUAAUAUUGUACACGAGUGGAAAUUUUGGAAGCAAAAGUUCCAGUUACUUUUAACAACCUCCGACAAAAGUGAAAAACCAGACCACAUAAAAAUCGCUAUUCUCCUAAAUCAGCUAGGAGAUGAAGGGCUAAAGAUAUUCAAUACCGUCGAGUAUGAAAAUGUUCGAGAUGAGCAGAAGUACAACAUUGUUUUGUGUAAGUUAGAUACAUACUGCAGCCCUCUUAAGAAUUUGAUUUAUGAACAUUUUAAAUUCUUUAAAAGAGAUCAAUUACAAAAUGAAAGUAUCGAUCAAUUUGUAACUCCCUUAAAACAAUUAACAUCAACAUGUGAGUUUAAAGAAAAGGAUACUUUAAUUUUGAACAGGAUUGUUUUGGACACAUAA